AUGAGUAAAAGGAGAAGCUCUGGAUCCGGUCAAACUUCUUUAGGAUACUUGUUUGGUUCCAAUGCUGCAUUAUUAUUAAGCCAAGAAAUAACUAGCAACCAUCAUAAUGAUGAAUUAGUUAAAGUAUCUUCUUCACCAACUACAUUAUUACCACCCUAUGGCACCCAUGACGACGACGACAUGGUGGAGAUGAACACAACACCUUCUCAUCCAUUGAUCAAGAAAGAUGACAGCUACCACAACGGCCGCCCCUCGCCCAAGAGUAGUAGUAAUACUAAUUGUGUAGUAUACCAUAAAGUUGAUGGCAAUAAAAGUAGUUCAUCGUCAGGAGGUUUUCUCAUCACUGGGCGUCCGUCGACUAGAGUUACGUCAGCUCCUGGCGGAAACUCAUCCAUUGGAUACUUGUUUGGAGAUAAGUAG